CAUUUAAUAUCCGCCGUCUUGCUGGGCCUCCUUUGGAUACAGAGCGCUUACGUGGGACAUGACUCUGGUCAUUACAACGUGACGUCGACGAAGCCGUGUAAUAAACUCGUCCAGCUUCUCUCCGGUAACUGCAUCACCGGGAUAUCGAUCGCGUGGUGGAAAUGGACGCACAACGCUCACCAUAUCUCUUGUAAUAGUCUUGACCACGAUCCUGAUCUCCAGCACAUCCCUGUCUUAGCCGUCUCGAGCAAGUUCUUUAAGUCCAUGACGUCACGUUUCUAUGGAAGGAAGUUAACGUUCGAUCCACUAGCUCGGUUCUUGAUUAGCUACCAGCACUGGUCGUUUUAUCCAAUCAUGUGUGUGGGGAGAAUCAAUCUCUUUAUCCAAACGUUACUUUUGCUAUUCUCGAGACGUCACGUUCCUGAUCGAGCCUUGAACAUAGCUGGGAUUCUUGUUUUCUGGACGUGGUUCCCUCUUUUAGUAUCCUUCCUACCAAACUGGCAAGAGAGAAUCAUCUUUGUCUUUUUAAGCAUGGCCGUCACGGCGAUUCAGCACGUUCAGUUCUGUUUAAACCAUUUUGCGGCAGAUGUUUACACCGGUCCGCCUAAUGGGAAUGAUUGGUUUGAGAAGCAAACAGCUGGUACGCUUGAUAUAUCGUGUAGGUCGUAUAUGGAUUGGUUCUUUGGUGGGUUGCAGUUUCAGCUAGAGCAUCAUCUGUUCCCUAGGCUACCGCGUUGCCAUCUCAGGGGAGUUUCUCCUGUGGUUCAGGAGCUUUGUAAGAAGCAUAAUCUUCCGUACAGGAGUCUUUCGUGGUGGGAGGCUAAUGUGUGGACGAUCAGGACUCUGAGGAAAGCGGCGGUUCAAGCUAGAGAUGUGACUAAUCCUGUGUUGGAGAAUUUGCUAUGGGAAGCUCUGAAUACUCAUGGCUAGAAAAAAAACUGAACAGUACAGGUCGGUUUUGGUUCGGUUUUGUAUGGUGGUUAAUUUUCGUUUGUUAUGUACUUUUCUAGUGGAAGAGAUGUGUUAAGUUUUGGUUUUUUGAUG